GAACUGCCCAGGGCACCGUCGUAAAUUCCCCAUUUCCUUCGUCCCAUAUUUUUGUUCCUCCACAGUGAAAAUCAGACCCAAACGUCAAAACAAAACCCCAAAAAUCCGACGCUUCACUGUCUCUCAACUUCACUGUUUCCUCUUUGGUACCUUGUAAUUCUUUCUCUUAGGCUUAGGGUUUCUUUUUCUUUAAACAUGGCUUCGACGUCAUCUUCUGAUCCUGGGAUGAAAGCGGAAGCCAGUGGCGGAGAGAAUUCCGAGACUGUGAUAGCAAACGAUCAACUUUUACUGUGCAGAGGAUUGAAGAAAGCGAAGAAAGAAAGAGGCUGCACUGCUAAAGAACGUAUCAGUAAGAUGCCGCCUUGCACCGCCGGCAAACGCAGCUCCAUUUACCGUGGAGUCACCAGGCAUAGAUGGACUGGUCGUUAUGAAGCUCACCUUUGGGAUAAAAGUACUUGGAAUCAAAACCAGAAUAAAAAAGGGAAGCAAGUCUACUUAGGGGCAUAUGAUGAUGAGGAGGCUGCUGCAAGAGCUUAUGACCUUGCUGCUUUGAAAUACUGGGGUCCUGGGACGCUCAUUAAUUUUCCGGUUACUGACUAUACUAGGGAUCUUGAAGAGAUGCAGAAUGUGUCAAGAGAGGACUAUCUUGCAUCUCUUCGAAGAAAAAGCAGUGGUUUCUCAAGAGGAAUUUCUAAAUAUCGUGGUCUUUCAAGUCGUCGGUGGGACUCCUCAUUUGGCCGUGUUUCGGGAUCUGAAUACUUCAAUAGUAUACAUUAUGGUGAUGAUACUACCAAAGAAAAUGAUUACAUUGGUGGUUUUUGCAUUGAGAGAAAGAUUGACUUAACGGGUUAUAUUAAGUGGUGGGGAACCAACAAAACUCGUCAAGCAGAAGCUGGAACAAAAUCUUCUGAGGAAACUAAAAAUGCAUGCCCAGAAGACAUUGGUAGUGAACUUAAAACAUCAGAGUGGGCAGUGCAGCCUACUGAACCAUACCAAAUGCCCCGUCUGGGCACAUCCCUUGAAGGUACAAAAUGCAAAGGGUCCUCUGUCUCUGCCUUGAGUAUAUUGUCCCGGUCUGCUGAUUUCAAGAGCCUGCAAGAGAAAGCACUGAAGAAACAAGAACAAAAUUCUGAUAAUGAUGAGAAUGAGAACAAAAAUACUAUAAACAAAAUGGAUUACGGUAAGGCAGCUGAAAAAUCAGUAAAUAAUGAUACUGGAGGUGACAGACUUGGAGCUGCAAUGGGGAUGACUGGUGGGUUAUCAUCUCUUCAGAAAAAUGUGUUCCCUUUGACUCCCUUCUUGUCUGCUCCACUUCUCACCAACUACAAUACAAUUGACUCCUUGGUGGACCCUGUGCUUUGGACAUCUCUUGUUCCUGCUCUUCCUACUGGACCAUCUCGUAAUCCUGAGGUUACAAAGACGGAGACGAGUUCGACAUAUACCUUCUUUCGGCCUGAGGAAUGAGUAAUUCGGGUGCAAUGGGAGGAAUAUAUAUUUUGCUUGAAUUCUUAUUUUGCAGAUUUCUUUUUUUAUAAGACACAGGCCAGUUUAUCUUUAGAACGAGACUUUUGCAAUACUUCCUCAAGUUCUGAGAGCAUAUACGAAGAAAAUUUUGGUGUAUAUUGUAUAGUAUGCAAGACAUACCACGUGUAUUAUCUGGUAAUGUUACAGUUGAGAUAUGAAUUGGUCUUUGUAAUCAAAUUAAAAUUGGUCUAAUUAAGAAUUUUAUACGAAGUUAGCCCCUUCAGUUGAUCAGAA